CCUGCUUCUCAGAGAAAGAAAAAAAGUUUUGCUGGAAGGGCGGCAUGACUAAUUGAGGAGGCAAGCAUGACUGGCUGAGAGGGAUUCGAACCACAGAGGCGCAGCACUGCAACUCAACGAGGAACAGGAUAGGGGGCUCGAGCUGGGAGUCACCAAGUAGUCAUUGCUAGCUGGUUAGCUAGCUGCUAGCUCCACGUCAUAUCACCACUAUAUUUGCAAAAUGAGGUUAAAAAUUGGAUUUAUUCUGCGCAGUAUAUUAGUCAUUGGCACAUUUUUAGGUUUGGUCGUACUCUGGUCUUCCCUCUCACCUAAAACAAGCGAUGAGCCGUUUGGUGGUAAAGUGGACUCCAGGGAGGCUGAGCCCCAGAAAAACGACGCUGCAGCCAACCAGUUCAAGCCCGUAGUGCCCUGGCCACAUGUAGAGGGUGUUGAGGUUGACUUGGACUCCAUCCGGCAGAAAAAUGGUGAGGACAAGCAGCAAGCGAAGGCGCAAAACCAACAGAAUGUCAUCCAGAAGCAGUACGUCACCUUCAAGCCCCAGACACAUGUCUACUCGGACCCUGUACUCAAACGGGGCAUCCUGGGCAACCUGGAGCCGAAAGAGCCAGAGCCCCAGGGGGUGCAGGGUGGACCUGGCGAGGGGGCCAAGCCGUUUGUGCUGGGAGCAGAAUACAAGUCAGCCAUCCAGGCCAGCGUCAAGGAGUUCGGUUUCAAUAUGGUUGCCAGUGACAUGAUCUCGCUGGACAGGACCAUCAAUGAAUUGCGACAUGAAGAGUGUAAAUACUGGCACUAUGACGAGAACCUGCUCACGGCCAGCGUCAUCAUCGUCUUCCACAACGAGGGGUGGUCCACGCUGAUGAGGACGGUGCACAGCGUCAUCAAGAGGACCCCCCGUCGCUACCUGGCCGAGAUAGUCAUGAUCGACGACUUCAGCAACAAAGUUCAUCUAAAGGAGCGAUUGGAGGAGUACAUAAAGCAGUGGAAUGGCAUGGUGAAGGUGUUCAGGAAUGAGAAAAGAGAGGGACUGAUCCAGGCCAGGAGUAUUGGGGCUCGCAAAGCUACUCUGGGCCAGGUGCUGAUCUACCUGGACGCUCACUGUGAGGUCAGCAUCAACUGGUACGCUCCACUGGUGGCCCCCAUAUCUAAGGACAGAACGGUGUGCACGGUGCCACUCAUUGACUCCAUUCACGGCCUCAAAUUCACCAUUGAACCUCAGGGGGGAGGGGACAAGGAUGGCUUUGCCAGAGGAGCAUGGGACUGGAGCAUGCUCUGGAAGCGCGUGCCGCUCACUAACAGGGAGACGCAGAAGAGAUUAACUAGAACCGAACCCUAUCGGUCCCCUGCCAUGGCAGGCGGGUUAUUUGCCAUAGAGAGGGAAUUCUUCUUUGAGCUGGGGCUGUACGAUCCAGGCCUUCAGAUCUGGGGAGGAGAGAACUUUGAGAUAUCAUAUAAGAUCUGGCAGUGUGGUGGGAAGCUGCUCUUUGUGCCAUGCUCCCGUGUGGGACACAUCUACCGUUUGCAGGGUUGGGAGGGCAAUCCACCCCCUGCUCACGUGGGGUCAUCCCCAACACUUAAGAACUAUGUGCGUGUGGUAGAGGUGUGGUGGGACGAGUACAAGGACUACUUCUACGCCAGCCGGCCUGAGACUCUGACACUAGCCUAUGGCGACAUCAGCGAGCUCAAGAAGUUCAGAGAAGAACACCGAUGCAAGAGCUUCAAGUGGUUCAUGGAGGAGGUUGCUUAUGACAUACCCACACACUACCCUUUGCCUCCCAAAAAUGUGGAGUGGGGAGAGAUCCGAGGCUUUGAAACCAGCUACUGCAUAGAUAGCAUGGGUCACACUAAUGGAGGUGACGUGGAGAUAGGGCCCUGCCACCGGAUGGGCGGCAACCAGCUCUUUAGGAUAAACGAGGCCAAUCAGCUGAUGCAGUACGACCAGUGUCUGACCAAAGGUCCAGACGGGUCUGCAGUUUUCAUCACACACUGCAACAUGAAUGAGCACAUGGAGUGGAGAUAUUUCAAGGAUCUUCACCGUUUUACACACAUUCCGACUGGGAAGUGCUUAGACCGUUCUGACAUACUCCACAAGGUUUUCAUCUCUGAGUGUGACAACAGCAAAUCUACUCAGAAGUGGGAGAUGAACAAUAUUGUUGCAGUCUGACACCAAAACACAGCUCGGCAGGAGUGCAUCCUUUCUCUAAACAUUGGAACAUGUGGAUUUGCUUUUUAAUAUAUGUACUUAUGAAUUUAAAAAGGGUGUAAAUAAUUUGACAGAGAACUGGGCAGUCUCCAUCCCAACCUGGCUCAGACUGCUGAUUAUGAGGAUGUCCACUCUAUUCUUCUCUCAUUGUAGAUGUUUACAUUCAAAAUGCACUCCUCAUUGCCAUAUCUUAAUGAAAGGAUUUGGGUUUUUUUUUUUACUUCGACUUUCCGGGGUCUUUCUAAGGGUUUUUGUUUUUUUUUCCCUUGAAUUUGGGAGUUGCAAGUGUUUUGACUUUUGAUUCAGAACCACUUAUUUUUGUCCCACUGUUCAUCACUGGAGAAAAGUGAUGAGUAUUUUUGGAAUUAUUUUUUUCAUACUUAAGACUUAACACUGGAUUGCUAUGAGGACUUACUGACAUUGUAAUGACGAUGCGGGUCACAGGCACAGUGAAACGUCAGAGCUCGAAACUGGAUUUUUCUUUGCCUCAAUUUUAGCUGUGGUGAAUCACUGAAAUCAGAACAUGGAAAUCAUGGGAGUAUUUAAUUGAAACUCCAUUUUUAAUUGCACAAAUUGAGCUUUUGGGGAAAUGGUUUGUGAGCAAUCUUUGACUCAACAUACAUAUUAGUGGGGCUGUUAAGCUCAACGAUCUUGCUUUUUAUGAAAGAAGCA